UUAUAUCCAAAUGUUGUAUUACACUCAAAUGACAUAAUCAGAGAGACAGUCCGUGGUUUUAGGAUCGGUUACAUAUGAGUGAGGCGUGGCGAAGGCGCGACAUUGUACGCAGAAGCAAAACAGCUCCUUCACUUUAAAAGAGUGAACGUGUAUGAGGUUCGAGGUCACUUCAGGGGAACAACGCAGUGGCCCAGCCUCCCGUCAGCAGGAAAUACAGAUUCUUAUUAUUACCGAAUUGAUAUCUGUCCAAUAAUUUGGUCUCAGUCUGCGCUACAAACGGGCGGUUCAAGGAAGAGCUGUCGAGACACAGAAUGGCUGCAUUUGGCCGUCUGAAGCAGUGCCUUCCCACAGGCAGCACCAUAUGUAGUCUUCACACCAGCAGCCGCGUUACUGCUAAACAGCACUACAAGAUGCUCGUGCUCGGAGGAGGAACUGGGGGCAUUACCAUGAGUGCUCGGAUGAAGAGACUGAUGGGAGCUGAGAAUGUCGCUGUUGUGGAGCCCAGUGAGGUGCACUACUAUCAGCCAAUAUGGACACUAGUAGGUGCUGGUGCAAAAAACUUACAAUCAUCUGGUCGCUCCACUGCCAGCAUCAUGCCUUCUGGAGUGAAGUGGGUGAAAUCCAAAGUUCAGGAAAUAAACCCAGACUCCAAUACUGUUCGCACAGAGGAUGGAAGUGAGAUCACAUAUGAGUAUUUGAUUGUGGCUCUUGGACUACAACUCCAUUUUGAGAAGAUCAAAGGACUGCCAGAGGGGUUUGAACAUCCAAAUAUAGGGUCAAACUAUUCGGUCGAGACAGUGGAGAAAACAUGGAAAGCACUGCAGAACUUCAAAGGGGGCAAUGCUGUGUUCACUUUCCCAAACAGUACUGUCAAAUGUGGUGGAGCUCCACAGAAGAUCAUGUACCUGACAGAUGCCUUUCUCAGAAAGACAGGAAAAAGGGCAAAUGCAAAUAUAAUGUACUAUACAUCACUACCUGUGAUCUUUGGAGUCAAGAAAUAUGCUGACUCACUGUGGGAAAUUGUUAAACAACGUGACAUACAAGUGAACCUGAGGCACCAUCUGAUAGAGGUGCAAGCGGACAAACAAGAAGCUGUGUUUCAAAACCUUGACAAUCCAGAGGAAACCAAAACAAUUGAGUAUGGAAUGCUUCAUGUCACACCACCAAUGGGACCCAACAUGGUGAUUAAAGGAGGUCCACUGGCUGAUGAAGCCGGCUGGUUGGAUGUAGAUAAAGAUACUCUUCAACAUAAGAGCUUUCCAAAUGUGUUUGGGAUUGGAGACUGUACCAGCCUGCCCACAGCUAAAACUGGUGCUGCUGUUGCUGCACAGAGUGCUGUCUUGCACAGAACCAUCAGGAAAGUACUGAAAAAGGAGAAACCAGACACAAAGUAUGAUGGCUACACAUCCUGUCCAUUGGUUACAAGCUACAAUACAGUAAUGUUGGCAGAGUUUGAUUAUAAUCAACAACCACUGGAAACAUUCCCCAUCAACCAAGCCAAAGAAAGAAGACUGAUGUACUACAUGAAAGCUGAUGUGAUGCCUCAUCUGUAUUGGCAUGGACUUCUACGGGGCCUGUGGGGUGGACCAGGACCAGCAAGGAAACUCUUACAUCUUGGGAUGAAAUGAAGCAAUAUUAUCAGUUUGCAUGUUAGGAGUUAAUUUCCUAAAUUUAUUAUCAUUUUAACAUCAGUGCAAAAUUCAAUCAUAAACAUUCUGUUGGUCAUACAGUGCUAACUUCAAAUUGCAUUAAAAAAAAUUAUAUGUAUGCACUAAUCACUAAAAGUGUCUGCACUUGAUUAGUUAGGCUCCCAUAAUGAAAGUUGAUAUUGAAAAUGAAAAACACAAUAUUCUUUGUUUUACUUUGACUAAUUUAUAGUGUUUUUCUUCAGUGCCUGUUUUGCACAACUUUAAUUGAAAAGAUGCCUGCACACUUACUGGCAUACCAAGUGACUUUGUCCUAUUAUACGUCUAAAUUCCUCAGCUAAACAUGGUUCAAAAUGAACUAAUUUAUUCAUACAAACUGCUACAUUUUGAUGAUCAACUGGAUUUGUUUAUGCUUUGUAACUGAGCAGACUACAGAUCACCCAGCAUGAGUACAUUAUUGUGUGUUCAAAAAUCUAACUUGUGACUCUAUUGAAUAAGAGUUUCCAAAGGAAUAUCAUACACUUAGUGUGUCUUUUACCAGUUUUUUAUCAUUUGUACAUGGCGGCUGUGUUAUUGAUCAUUAAUAAGAGUGAUGUGUCCAAAUGUAUUAAUAUUAGUGUUUGUGAAAAUGUUUUUGUUCAAAUGUCACACAAGAAAAAAAAAAUACAUAUAACAUAUAACAUUCAUUAUUUGUUUUCAUUACAUGGAUUUGAAAGUUAUACAACUUUCUGUGCAGAAUCAAGGGUUUCAGUGCUUUUGUAUUACUUUCAUCAAAAUACCUACUGAUAUCCAACUGGCUGGGUUUGAUUCAGAUACCAGUGUUUCAUAUAUCUUCCUGGAAAUAAGUAAUAUCUCCUUAAUGACAUACUCAGCAGAUCUCGUCUAUUUAACAUCUGUCUACCACCAUCUGGACCACACCAGUUCCUGCACAGAAAUCCAGUUUGGUUGGAGAGCAUCAUCUCUGGCAGUGACAAUAGAUGUCUCUGGGGUUUCUUCAUGUUGCUGAGUUGAUUUAUCAGAUACUCCCACAAAUAGAUGCUAUAUUUUCUGCAGUUGAAAGUAUUUUGUUGAGUGCUAAAUAGUUCACAGCUGACAGCAUUGUUAUUUGUAUCAUGUUGACAUAAUGUCAAUAUGUAUAACUGCUAACAGUAAAUCUCAGUCCUCCUUCAUAUUUCA